UACGAGAUGACUACAGCGUUGAUAACAGGAGCGGCUGGCUAUAUUGGCAGUCACAUCACUGUCGCAGUGUUGGAUGCUGGGUAUAAUGUUGUAGCCGUUGACAACUGUGUCAAUGCUAUCUCAGGAGAUGGAACAAUACCACCAGCCAUUCAAAGAAUUCAGGAAAUAACAGGCAAGGCAGUUAUCUUUUAUAAAAUCGAUGUUGUAGAUAAGGACAGAGUGAGGGAAAUUUUCAGCAAGCAUAAACCUGAUUGCGUAAUCCACGUGGCUGCCCUGAAAAAAAUGGGUGAAUCAGUUGAUAUCCCCCUGGAGUAUCAUUGUAACAAUAUUGGAUCUUUGUUGACCCUGUUGGAGGUUAUGAAAGAGUUUAAUGUUACGAAGAUCAUAUACUCAAGCUCGUCGCUUGUGUAUGGAAACAUUGAGUAUAUUCCAAUUGAUGAGCGACAUCCAGUGGGAAAAUCAUGCACUAAUCCAUAUGCGAAGACGAAGUAUUUCUGCGAAGAAAUUUUGAAAGACACGUGUGUGGCAAAUAAGGACCUAACAGCAGUAGCCCUCCGGUAUUUCUCACCUGUAGGAGCUCACGAAUCUGGUCAAAUAGGCGAGGAUCCUGUGGGUCCUCCAAGCCAGUUGGUGGCUUUUAUUUGUCAGGUAGCCAUUGGUCGACGACCACAAUUGAACGUUUUUGGCAAUGAUUUCAACACUGCGGAUGGAACAG